AUGUCGGUGGAUCCCAGAAGAAGACUGAGCCGUCAUGAAUUGACACCUGAAAACCUGCAAACAUCUUUACAAGUCAGUAAUUUACCUGCAGAAUGGGCCGCAGAGACUGUCUCCUCUAUCGUUGCAGGUUCUGGUAUAAUAGUGAAAGUAACUCCUAAAUUUGAUCCACGUACUGAUAAGCUUAUGAAUGUGACAUAUGAUUAUUCUAAUAGUAGGGAAUGUGAAGAUGCUUAUUCAUUAUUAACUAAUAUAGAUAAAUUACCAUGUACCAUAGAGAAAACAAUCCCUAGUGACUAUAAAACAAAACUCAAGGCCAUUGAACAGGGUCAGACUAUAGAUAUGCCUGAGAUUGAAUUGAAUAGGGACUCAUACCCAUGGGAUCUAGGUUUAGAACUCCCAUUCCAAAUGGUAACAAAUGUGCCUAUACCUAGAAGACCACCUGUCGGUGUCUCUACUACCACGAAUGCGACAGUAGUAACCCCAGCAACGAAUAUGACAUUCCCAGAUAUUUUAAGUAAAGCAUCGAAACAUUUACCUGCAUUAACACCAGAUGCAUUAAGUACAAAUGAUCCCACAGGUAUUUCAAACAAUUUAAGUAAAAUUGCACCUUUACAAUUGAUAGAGAUGAUAUCUAAUUUAAAGAUAUUAGCGAAUCAACCAACUACAAAAUACUCACAGAUUGAAGAUUUCCUAUUAAAUAAUAAUAAAGAUAUUACAAUUGCAGUAUCACAAGCAUUAUUAGAAAUGGGAUUUAUAGAUUAUAAUGUAGUAAAUUCUAUUUUGUCAGGGCAGCCUGUGACUACGAAUCAAACAACGAGUGUUCCGCAACCACAACCAGUACCACAACAAAUACAGCAAGCUCCUAUUCCUCAACCUCAAAAUCAACCUCAAAAUCAAAGUCAAACACAACAAGCACCUGUACAAGAAUCUGUCUCUGUAACACCACCUCCUCAAACUACUCGACGUCAAAUUAAUGAGUCCAAAUUAUUAGCAGCACCUGAUAAUCAACGUGAGAUGAUCAGACAAGUUUUAACAUUGACGGAUGCCCAAUUAGAACAGUUACCUACUGCACAACGUAGCAUGGUUGAAGGUCUUCGUAAAGAAUAUCUGGUAUAG